AUGUCCACCACUAUCAACGGCGCACUGUCCCUGCCUUCGCUGCCGCCUGCACCAACAUCGCCGUCGCUCGCGAAACGGAAACGCACCGAGACUGACGUACCUAUCACGAAUGGCGCGUCUCCUGUCGCGCCUACAAAACUCGUGAACGGCGCAGCGCCUUCGUUACAGACCGCGCUCGAGGAUAUGAUCUCGAUACUGAAGAGCUAUGAUACAGAACCUUCCAUACUUGCACAUCCAGUCACGUCGCCAGCUGCUCGAGCCGCGUCCGGUGAGGCCGAUACGAAGCGCGCAAAGCUGUCUUCCCCAGCAAGCCCAUCUAACAUAAUUACUCUGGUGCAGAACGGCGCGUAUACCUCACUUGAGGCGUUCGCAGAGGAUGUUGAAGAAGCGACUGCGGAUAUACUAGCCUGUUCCGGCGUUGGCGAACUGGCUACCGCACCUCCUACGCUCGAGGAAACCCAGUUGCAGUCAGGAGUGUUAGCUUUCCGCAAACUAUCGAAGAGCUUGGUCGCAAGGGAAGAGAUUCGAAGAGCUCAUGUUGAGACGCAGCAAGAAACUCAGGAUGGCACACCGGGAGACACAGAAGGUCAGGAUGAGGAGGCUUCAACCAAGGUAGAAUCUCCGGAAAGCCGAACCGUCCUCACACUUUUUGGAAGCGCUCAAGGACCGAAACAGCUCUUCUCGAGCUUGCAACAACCCCGUCUUGUCGCGCCUCAUGACGGAGCUUCUGCACUGGAUCUAUCGGUAAAGAUUGCUUUACCACUCCGUGAAUCGACCCUACCUAACAUCAUCUCUACCACCGAAGUUUUUCCCUUACCAGAUGAUGUAGAUGACAAAAGGAAGGCGAAUGCAACGAUCGGCAAGGUGUUCAAGGCACCCACCCAUCUACCGCAGCUCAACCCGCCUAAGCUUGCAAAGGCUCUGACCACCAAGGGAAACGUAGUCACUUUUGCGCCACCUGAAGUGCCUAAACCGAGUCGCAAGGGUUCACACUCUUACGCUACCCAGAAUCUUGCCACCAGCAACUGGUUGGGAUAUGGCGGGGCUGACAUGCCAAAAGAUCCUACGUCUCCCAAUGAGAAGAAGAAGAGCAGGCAACGAGCACUUAGCAUGGGCGAAGCGCAACAACCACCUUCCGAAUCAACUCUUGUGGCCGUGAAGCAGGCAAAAGAAGACGCACUCUUUCGCAGCGCAUACUCUAGCUUUGCGCCCAGCCGUGAUGAUACUACGGCCGUCGUUCCCGAGGAGACUAAGAACAUGGUUUGGUGGCAAAAAGUGGGCGAGAAGCGCUUUAACGAGGUGUUCCCGAUUGACCCUGAAUUGCUAGGCCUGGACGGAUCGUCGGAUCUAGCGAUUGAUAUUACGGACGAUAAUGAAGAAGAGGCGUUCCAGGAAGCUGUGGAUACGUUCGAGCCAGUAGAAGGAGGUCUUUUCGCGGACGCAGAAGCAAAGACCGAACUUGACAAGGAUACCGAAGAUGUGCUCCACGAGAUAUCUGAGCUUCUUGAGACGUUGGCAUCGCACCAGAGGAUACGUAACUCAUCGCUGGCCACUAAUUCGCGCACACCAGUGAUACAGAAUUCUUCACUGGCUUCACUGGCAGGCAGCCCAUCGACGCCAUCAUCCGAUGAGAUCGACGUCUAUCAAAUGCUCAAGUCGCAGCUCACACUGAUGAUCUCACAGCUACCGCCAUACGCAGUGGCCAAGCUCAAUGGUGAUCAACUAGAGGAACUAAAUAUCAGCCGGACUCUGAUCGUUGAGAACAGAGCUGCCCGCGGAGUCCUCGAAGAUACUCAAUCGUCUAGGCUUGCAACGGCGCCGGUCGCAGCACCAGCGGCAACCCCAACACUGAAUCGUAUGGUCUCAAGUGGCUCGGGUACCCACUCGCAUUACCCUCCAGGGAGCACCCAAUAUGGCCGGUCGACACCUUCGAUGCAUACUAGUGCUCGGCCUGUACAAUCCGGCCCAAACUACUAUCCCCAGCAACAGUCUGUCGCGCGAUCUCCUUCAAUGCAUUACCAGCGUUCUUCUUCCGGGUCGCAGGUAUACCAAGCUCCCACGUCAUCCUACGCUACCCCCAGGCCAAGCUUUCCCGCUGCUCAAGCUUACGGCCAACAGACGACAAGAACGUCUUUCACGCAAAACCCUCCGGGUCAAUAUUACUCGCAGCGCUCUUCCCAGUCCAGCAACUACGCAGGCGCUCAAUCUCAAUUCUACGGAUCUACUCCGCAGGGCCAGCCGCACAAUCGGUAUUCACAGCCAACACAAAACGGCUACUACCAACGGUCUCAGAACGUAGCCCCAAUGUAUGGAGCAACACCAAAUAGUCAGACACGCACUGCAUCGCCGCUCAAGGCAGCCCCGUCGGCUACCCAGCCGAGCUAUGGUGCUCGGCCAGGUCAUGGGUCUGGUGGUCAGAUGCGCAGUACCUACUACCCUCCUUCGCAGUACGGCAAUACGCAACCACACACUCCAGUUGCACCUUCGACGACCGGUAUCAGCACCAAUCCUCAGCAAAUGAUGUUGGAUAGGCAACAAGCACAACAGACGCAAGCUCGACUCGCAGCGCAGAACAGCUUCAGCAGGCAAGGCUCAGGAACUCCUCAGCCUCCUCCAAACGGGCAGUAUGGUGGACAGGCAAACGGAACGCCAAUGGCGACUUAA